UGGGCACUCGGAUGUGUUGUUUACGCUAGCGGGCGUUGUUCUCAUGAAGCCCUUGUCCUUCUCAUUAUUGAACUUCAUUUAAUAAUUACAUGCCUGUUAAGUAGAAGUUUUAGCCUUUAAUAGCAUUAUAUUAUGGUUUUAAUAUUGACAAAUUAUAUAUAUAAGAAACGUGUAAAUUUUGUCUUGAAAUGGUAAAAAUAUGUGUGAGCUCCGUGUUGUGCAGCAAGUGAAUAGUGACUUCUCCAGGAGCCGUCCCUCAUCACAAGACAACUCCUGCAGUAACAAGCAGAUAAUCUUGACCGAGUGGUUGAUUGAUGAAGAUUAAGCCACCCAAGAGGUGACACGGGCAUGAAUAAGUGGUAGAUUUUUAGAGUGAACGUGAUCAUUGGUGGUGUAAUCUCUACCCUAAACUGCACGGAUAAUAACCAUGAAACCUCGUCAGUGUCCAGUGUGUGGGAAAACAUUCAGUCGUGCUGCAUAUAUGAAGACCCACAUGACUGUGCACACAGGUCACAAGCCUCACGAGUGUCCUCAAUGUGGGAAAACAUUUAGUCAGCUUGGAAAUGUUAGAAGGCAUAUGACAGUGCAUAUGGUUAUUAGACCUCAUGGAUGUCUUGUGUGUGGGAAAACGUUCAGUCGCACCGGACAACUGAAGACUCACAUGGCUGUCCACACAGGUGAUAAGCCCCACGAGUGUCCAGAGUGUGGGAAAACCUUUAGUCAACUUGCACAUGUAAAAAGGCAUAUGGCAGUGCAUAUGGUUGAUAGACCUCAUGAGUGCCCAAAGUGUGGGAAAACAUUCAGUGAACUUGGAAGUAUGAAGACACAUAUGACUGUUCAUACAGGUCAUAAGCCCCAUGAAUGUCCCGAGUGUGGGAAAACAUACAGUUGUGUUAAAUAUUUGAAGUCUCACAUGAGUGUGCAUGCAGGUCACAAACUUUACAAGUGUCCUGAGUGUGGGAAAACAUUCAGUCAUGCUGGACAUAUGAGAAGACACAUAAGUGUGCAUACUGAUCAUAAACCUCAUGAGUGUCCAGAGUGUGGGAAAACAUUUAGUCAUCUUGCAAAUUUGAGGAUUCAUACAACGGUGCAUACUGGUGUUAAACCUUUCCAGUGUGCAGAGUGUGGGAAAAGAUUCAGACAACGUAAAGGUAUAGUACGUCACGUGAUGGUGCAUUCAGAUGAAAAACCUACAAAUAUUCAGAGUGUGGGACAAGAUUUAAGACGUGUAAGAAUAUUUAAAGUCGCAUGUUAGUGCAGAUGGGUAAUAAAUGUCAAUGGUGCUUCAAGUGUGUGUGGACAAAAAUCAGUUAACAUAGAUAAAAAGAAGCACAGAUAGAUACAUAAGUGUGACUAACAUCAUGUGUCCUAAGUUAGUCUACUGAAGGCACAUGUUGCUAGCUGAUGGGUGACAACGAUCGAGGGAUUGGAUGUGCCCAAGGCACAUGUUAGUGCAUUCAGGUGAUAAAUCUCUCUACUGCCCCAGCUAAAUAGAAAAAGUCCCAAACCUAGUAAGCAAAUUAUUUAAAAAAGGAACACGAUGGUGUGUAGGAAUGAAACUCUUAGUUAUUUGUUAGAAGUACAGUAUUGUAUGAUAAACAUUAGGACAAACUAACAAUGUUACCUAGUAAACCAAUGGCAGUACUGUAAUUGAAAAGUGUGAACUUCAUCUUGAAAACAGUGUUUUAGUGUCUUGUCAGCUGCACUUCUAAGAAGUGAGGAAUGGUUGUCUGAUAUCCAGAAGCUGCUGGAACAUUUGUCACCAGACUAGAAGAAAGCCUUGGAGCAGUUGCUGUCUUCCCAGGUUGAUGUUUUUGGUAACGUUCCAACUCAGACUACAGUUAUCCACCAUGACAUUGAGGUGGAAGACAGCACAUCAGUCAAGUUACAUCCAUAUCGGGUCAACCCUUCAAAGUUGGAAAUAAUCUGGAAGAAAGUUGACUACAUGCUCAAGCAUGGACUGGUAAGACCUGGCAGCAGUUGAAGCAGCCCUUGUAUUUUAGUACCCAAGCCAGAUGGAACUCAUCAGUUGUGUAUAGAUUACCAGCAACUAAGUGCAGUGAAAAACCAAGCAAAUGUUGCGUCAGCCAGAAAAAUGAUCGGAUGAAUUACGAGAACUUUCAAAUCCAGGGAUCCCAUCACAAUGGUUGUACUAUACAAAUCACUUGUACUGUUCCAUCUUUAGUACUGCUCAGUACUCACUUUUCCCUUCAGAGCAAGAGAGAUUGCUGAAAUAGAGGGAAUACAGAAAACAUACGGCAUUCAUAGAUGCAAUAUAGCACCUAAAUUAUUGGAAUCGUCUUAAAGCUCUCCAAAUGUACUCACUAGAAAGAAGACGAGAGAGAUAUCAAAUAAUAUACACGUGGAAGAUACUGGAGGGGCCAAGUACCAAAUCAGCACAG